GGACUAUUUGGCAUCACGUGCCUACAUUGAUUAAAUGCUCGAUGAAUGGCUUGUUAAGAGUAGGCCGUUUUACGAGAGAGAAAGAGAGAGAGAAGAAAAAAAGUUUAUAUCCACUUUAAAUCUACAGUAGGUUAAAAAGCAAACUGGAGUUUUGUCAUAAUUUCAUCAGACAAAAUGAUUAAAAAUCUUAAAAGGAUAAGGAAAGAAGGAAGGACAUGCUUCUAUGGUUUGGAAUACAGAUGUUAUCUGAUAACAAGAAAGGACGAGAAUGCAGGUAAUGUGGGAAGAGGACAGUGUUUGGUCAACCACUAGAUGACAGCAGCAAUGCACUUUCUUUCGCUCAGAUCAGACUUGGAAGGAGGACACCAUGGGCAUCAGGGAGGAACUGCAGAGCCGUCAGUUCUGGUGUAGCCUUUUGGCAGAAGCCACAGGCACCCUUAUCUUUGUCUGGAUAGUGCUGGGUGCCUCAUCCCCCGCUGGUCCUAAAGAUGUGCUGCCUACUUCGCUCCAACCAGCCCUUGCUGCAGGACUGGUAGCUAUCAGUUUGGCACACUGCUUUGGUAAGAUCAGUGGUGCCCAAGUCAACCCCGCACUCACUAUGGCCUUCCUGUGCACUCGUAAACUGGAUGCCCUGCAUGCCUCAAGCUAUAUUCUAGCCCAGUGUUUGGGUGCCAUCUUAGCAUCAGGCUUUUUUUAUCUCGUGUUACCCAGCUCAGCCAUUGGGCAAUUGGUCACAAAGGUCAGCACUGAGGGGAAUGCUGGACAGGCUCUGGGGAUGGAGCUGUUUUCCACUUUCCAGCUGGCUCUCACCAUUUUUGCUGUAGAAGAUCACCGGAGGCAUGAUCUAGGGGAGCCUGCUGGGAUCUUGGCUAUCGGUUUCUCUGUGAUAGCAGGAGCUCUGGCUGCGGGUACCUUCUCUGGAGGCAGUAUGAAUCCAGCCCGAUCUUUGGGCCCAGCUGUCAUCACAGGAUUCUGGGAACAUCAUUGGGUGUAUUGGCUUGGCCCUAUUCUGGGUGCUGUUCUGGCUGGAGUAUCCUAUGAAUUCUUCUUUGCUGACAGUGCUUCACGGGAAAAGCUUGUUGCCUGCCUGACCUGUCGUGACAUUGAGAUUGUGGAGGCGGCCAGCAUGUCUCGGUCUUCAGUCUCUGCUGCUGCUCAGGCUAAAUCACCUGACAAGGAAGAACAUGGCACUGAGUAGGAAGCUACAGCAAUUCCCCCUCUCUUUGUCUUCUUGUAAAGCCUCUGUUCAGCUUCCAGCUUCCUUCCACCUUAUGCAGCUUCAUAUAUAUUUAUAUCUGUACUGGCAUUAAGUGUUUUGAGGUUGGUGCUCUUAAAGCACAGCACUGCCAUCAUGACCGUACCAGAAUUCUGAUUCUGUUCAGUUUACAACAUAAAUAGUAUCAAAUAGAGUAAUCCAAGGAAGGAUAGAAGCCAGGAUUCCUAGAUUCUCAUAGUUUUUAGAUAAGACCUAGUGCGUGUGAUGCUCAUCAGCUUCAAUAUACUUGGUGACUCCUCCUUUGCCACCAUCAGUCUCCAUAUCCACCUGACUGAUUUUAGAUACAUUUAAUUUAAAACACAUGUAAAUGGAAAGCUCAUGUAAAUCCCACAAAGAUCUCAGAAGUAUUCUUAGAGCCUAAAAAUGAUUGCUGCAUAACAGCCCAGUGCUUUGUUUGGAAGUACAUUUGCCUGCCCAAAAAAAAGGGAUACAAGUAGGGUCUGGUAGCAGGGCCUCCCGGUUUUGGGAGGCCCAGUAAAAGUUCUACUGUCCAGUAGUUGAGUAUUUUGUCCUUGACCACUCAUAUGAUGGCAGAGUUAUGGGGGUGCUUAUAUGCCCUAGAAAUGGGUAGACCUAUGGGCCAUUGGCUCCCCCCAAAAUUGCUGAUCCCAUGAUCUAGUGAACUAGAUCUACAGAAGAUCUAAGAAAAAAAUGCUUGUUUCAGUUUCUCUUCAAAGGACAGAUAUAAUGAUCUGAGAGAAAGGACUGGAAACGAGGCCUCCUGCCUUCUGUUCCAAACUCUGCUUUUUAUUUUAUUGCGUGGCCUUGGACAAAAGCUUUUCUCCAGAUCUGUGUGUCAUCUGUAUUAUACUACGGUAUGAUACUAUAGUGUGUACUGUGUAUCUAUGGACAAUUAAAAGUAGAUUGUCAAGACCCAAAGGUGCUUUUUCAGGAGGCAAUUGGACUUUCUUGUUUUUUCUUUUGAAGAUAUUUCACUUCUGAGAAGCAAAACGUCUUCAAAAGAAAAAAUGAAGUCCAGUUGCCACCUGAAAAAGCACCUUUAGGACAACCAUGACCUGCAUGACUGAGAAUCUUUGCAGACUUUUAGAUUGUCAAGAAUUUUUAAUUUCUGAUUGCUUGACAACCAGCCACAAUAUUACUCCUUUACUCCUAAAUUAGAUUGCCGGUACUGCAUAUUCAGGACCAGUGCCUAGGUUCCAAAUCCUUCCCUUCAGAAUGUUAGGUGAACUUUUUUUCUUCCAAAAUUCAACUGAGCGGAACCAGAGUUCUAGUCAAAGCCAGAACAGAUUCUGGAAGCCUGAGAACCCUCAUGAGCAAACAUUUCAGGAAAAGCAGCGUGUUUCUCUUUGCCACAUGGAUGGAGUUUGACAAGAGGCCUAAGCCAACACACUCACACCCACCCCUGAACCUGAUGUGCAAUAAAAUACGAGACUGUGAUUGAGCAUGCAUAUGCUGA